CUCAUGAUCUCAGAAUGUUAAAAAAUGUGUGAACUAUUCAGAAAGCAUGACUCUAUCGGGUAGAAGGAUGAAUCAUCAAGAUGACUAGACCAGUUGUGUCAAAAUGCUGUAGUGUAAAUCGAGGUGGUGGUUGGUUUAGCUGGUUGCGGUGGCGUCCCACCUCCACUGUAUCUCUUGCACAGGCCGAACAAAAACUCUUGAAAGGGUUGAAAAGUGUGUUGUCUUCAAAAUAUGUGUGGAUUGCUGGCAAUAAAAAACGGAUAUGGACUGUCUGGACAAACCCAAACAACACAGACAAAACACCGGUUGUUUUCGUUCACGGAAUGGGAGGUGGUGUUGGCUUAUGGGCUCUAAAUAUAGAUGGCGUGGCGGAACAGAGACCUUUCUAUGCGUUCGAUCUUUUAGGUUUCGGCCGAAGCAGCAGAGCUGAGUUUAGUCAAGAUGCCGUUUUGGCAGAGAAAGACUUCGUAGAGUCGAUUGAAGACUGGCGCAAAGAAAUGGGACUAGAGCGCUUUGUUUUGUUGGGGCAUAGUCUCGGCGGCUAUUUAGCUAGCUCGUACUCGUUACGAUAUCCACAGUACGUCAAACACUUGAUAUUAGUUGAUCCGUGGGGAUUUCCAGAGCGGGUUCAGGAUCCGGAAAGACUGUAUAGGAUACCUAUUUGGGCAAGAACUGUUGCGGCGCUUUUGCAGCCGUUUAACCCACUGGCAGUUGUGAGAUUUGCUGGACCUUGGGGACCAGGUUUAGUUCAGCGAUUCCGGCCAGAUUUCAAAAAGAAGUAUUCAGGGUUUGUUGAAGAUGACAGUAUUAUAUUUGACUACAUCUACCAUUGCAAUGCUCAAUAUCCGAGUGGCGAGACGGCUUUCAAAACUAUGUCGAUACCAUUCGGUUGGGCAAGGAACCCCAUGAUACACCGUGUGAAGGAGAUAGACCGGUCCAUACCUAUGACAAUUGUAUAUGGGUCAAGAUCAUGGGUUGAUAACUCAACAGGGAAUCUAGUUAAAUUUCUACGUGAGGAUGCUCAUGUUGACGUUCAGCUGAUCAAGGGAGCAGGUCACCAUGUUUACGCUGACCGGGCGGAAGCGUUCAACAGUCUGGUAAACAAAGUCUGUGAUAGUGUCGACGAGCGAAAUGACCGUGGAGAGAAAAACAGUGAUGAAACAGCGUCUUGAUUUUCAUUCUUUCAGUAGUGUCAGUCUUUCUGUACUCUUAACAAAAAACCGUUGGGGAAACCGUGAUAGAACGAUAUAUCUAUCAUGAUUUAUUACUAAUAUUUAUUGUUACCUAUACUAUGUAUAAAAGUGGCAUUAUGAAAACAAAUAGAUGGUGAUGUAUACCAUGUUAUGAAAAAUGAUAAUGUUAUUAUGUAAUCACGUUCUCCUGUGAAGCCACAGAUAAAGAACUGACAUUGAAAACUCUAUUUCUGAAGAACUUGGACAAAACUAUGGUGGUUUUAGAAAACUUACUGUGGCAUAGCAAAUCGUCUUGGUGCUGCACAGAGAUGAACCUGAGUUGUGCUCUGCAUCAGCGUGGAACAUUGGCUAAAAUCAGGGCAGCAUUCAUUAUAUAUGUGUCAUACAUGCAUGUUGAUGAUUUAACAAGUAGAUAUUUUAAAGAUA